AUGGUACCGGCUGAUGACACGUGGAAGAUAUCAACAUCUCGCACCGCCAUCGAAAGUGGCUACAAAAAAUUGUCUUCGCUUCUUUCGUCAUAUAUAGGAAGACCAGCAGGUCGCCUUGUUCCACGAGAUUUGAGUUUGUCGGAUUCAAGCUGGAAGAGGCCGCCUGGUCGAAAACGGAAGUUCUUCAUGGAGGUGGUGAAACAGGACCUGAGGACACUCGGCGGAGAUAGGCAGUUCAGGCGAGACGUAAGGUUUCGCAGGAUAUUAAGUAGCGACGAAUGGAUUGAUUCCGUGCAAGCUUUCGCAGAAGAUCGAAAAGGUUGGGCGGAACUAUGUUCAAGGAUACACCUCGGCGAAGAUGCGGGUAAUCGCGUCAGGACAUCUGCCCGUCGAUUGAGUAAAGUUAAGUCAUCACCGGAAGAUUUUGCCAUUGAAAAAAGAACUCUUUCCUUUCUUCCUAAGAGAGAGAUGAGUGGUUUGGGAUCCGGCUUCAGCACUGAAUGGCCGCAGUGGAUAAGUCUGUACAACAAAGACGAGCUCGAGAGAUUUCGGAAUCGUUGUGAUUCUUUGAAGCAGAAAUGA